UCAAUCGUGACGUAAUCACUGUGCGCCUUCUCGACAGACGGAUUUGUAUCAGUUCUUCUGUGGUUGCUUUUGUCGUUGUGGUCGUCGUUUCUUUGUUUUGCUCCUUACUCUCGUUUACUUGCGUCAUGGAGAGCACAGACUCCACGGAGCAGAAACCGAGUCUGUCUGCGGCCCAGAGGAGAGCAGAAAUGCGGAGGAGAAAACUGCUCCUCAAUUCAGAGGACCGGAUGAAUAGGAUCGUGGGUUUCUCCAAACACGACAGUGAAAACAACGGAGCAUCACGACGUCCCACAGAGCCCCGCCUCCACCUUGAUCUGAGCAGGACAGAAACACGGUCGUUGUCUUCAGCUUCACCGAGACAGUCACCCUUCCUUCCAGAGGCGGCAGGGUUUGGUAGCCGCUCUCUCGGUGCCACCCCUGAGAGGAGGGGCUCGCCUUUGCCCGACUACAGUGAGCUAACAGGAGGCACUCUUGAGGACAACACUGGAGGACUCCGACUCAGACCCAAGGGGGAGAGGGCAUCAGAUGACCUGAGUGGUUCCACUCGCCAAGGCCUGCAAAAGUACAUCUCUCGCUUUGAUGAGGCCAUUAAACUGCAGGAUCAGCUGGCCAAUGAGAAGGGAACACAGGAUGGAGGGUCAGAAUCAGAGGAGUUUGAUCCCUUCAGAAUCUUCAGGCUUAUCGGCAGUGUCCUCCUCGCCAUUUUUGUUCGGGUUUUUGUCUGCAAGUAUCUGUCAAUAUUUGCUCCAUUUCUCACCCUUGAACUGGGCUACAUGGGUCUGUCCAAGUACUUUCCAAAGGUAGAGAAGAAGACUCAAACCACCAUGCUGACGGCUGCCCUGUUGCUGUCCGGUAUUCCCGCUGAGGUCAUCAACCAUUCCAUGGACACCUACAGGAGGAUGGGCGACGUCUUUGCUGACCUCUGCGUCUACUUCUUCACCUUCAUAAUCUCACACGAGGUCUUGGUCUUCAUUGGCUCAGAGACUCCCUGAAUCAUCCAGAAUGCCCUCCUUACUCCAGUUGUUUCAUGUCUUUCUUACAUCUCCUUUACAAUAAGACGAGCUUGUGUACACUGGCUGAGGUGGUCAACUACUGAAUCCUGCUGCCUCUCUACCAGGGUCACAUCUGCUGGACUUGAACUUGUUACUUCAUUGCUUCAGGUGUCAGUGUUCGACUUGUCUGUUGAUAAUUUUAACAGGAAAUUGAGAAGUCAGAUAAGAAAUUAAAUGAAAUAUGGGUGUGCAUACAGGUCUCAGAUGCUUAGCCGCUCGCUGUGGUUGACAAAGUUUCUUGUGGUCUUUGGAUUCCAUUUGAAAUCUUUUGUCUAAACUCAUUCAACACAUCUCGUAGUGUGCCAGCGAGUAUUGCCUGUGUACACACUGCUCUGGAGUAUAACUGUUCUGGGGAAGAAGUAAAGCCACAAAUUACACAAGUUCCUCUAGGACUCAUGUUGAUCUUACUGGUCUCCCAAUCAUGUUUGCCCUGUACGGAAGUAUAUGGUAUCACACUUUGUUUCCACUUGUUUGGAGCAGAGCAUUUUAUUCCCCAUAGUCAAAAUAAAAAAGGCCUGAAACCUAUGAGGUUCCAUGUAAUGAGUCAAAAAUAUGUAAAAAUUUCACUUUCUGAAAUAACUGACAAAAAAAUUAAACUUUUCCUCAAUAUUCUAAUAUGUUGAGAUGCUCCUGUAUAUAGACUGAGGUUCCAUUUCAGGUGUGUUCUUCAGGAUACCUAUGUCCUUUGUCAAAACACUUAAUCUGCAUUAUGGCAAUCCACUCAGCUGUAAAAGGGUACUGGCCUUGACUGGGGUAACCUGCGAUGGACUGGCAUCCUGUUCGGCAGGAGUCAUAAACUCUAAUCUGCUUCACACUACAGGAUCCAAAGAAGAGACUGGGCCUGACUGUCCUCAUGGCCUGCAUAGGACUUACUUCUUUAAGCAGCAGUGACCCAGGCUUUGGAAAUUAAAUAAAGUGACAUACAAGCUCAUUUCAAGACACAUGUAACUGCAACCACAACUACUCCAAGUUUCAUACAUGCAUGUGAUUAGAUUAUUCCCUGCAACAAUUGCAAAAAUGUCAAACAGUUGGUUUAUGGGGUGUCUCAAAAAAUGUACCCAAAAGUAUUCUGACAACACAGAAAAACCAAUCAGUAUUAUCAGACAUUUGACCAUGACCAUGUGGCUGAAGCAUGUAAUUGUUCUCCCCAAUGCACAGUUUUUUGUUCAGUCUUUCCUUUCUGAUGUUUUAACCCUUUAUCUGUUACACCACAUGAUCAAAGUAGCCGCCUCAUCUGAAGUUUCCUAAGAAUCAAAUCAUCCAUCUCCAAUUUUCCAGAAAACCACCUAGCAAAUUCAAGUCUCUUUGCUAUUUGCUGGGGAGUUAGUUCACUCAGACUGCAUUUUUUAUGGAAAGAGAUCUAAGUCAGCCCUUAGGAUGCGUUGCACAGAACUCAACGAUUUUUGUUCUCUGAAUUAGGGUCAACUGUGUCAUUUUUCCUGGACUUUAAUGUCUUGCAGAAUAAAUGUUAAGGUUCCUGAAAUGAGAACACCAUUAUUUUCCAGUAAAACCAUUUCCUGGUAUUCAUAUUUCAGAGUACCUUUGGGUAAAUUUUUUGAGACACCUUAUAUCAUACAAAAUUCCAUCACAGUUAACAUUUAAUCAUUUUAUUGUCAUUAUGUCCUUUAAAUCUGACUGUGUAUAGGAUAAUAACCAUUAUUGCUCUUGAGUUACUGUUAAAGUAUAAAACAUUGACUUGGAAAAACAUUAUUAUUCAAUUUACAUUGACGAGAUGGUCAAAAACGUUUCAGAUUUGAGACAUAGAGUGUUUGAAUGAAGAGCUUUUUAUUGAUUAUCACAGUUACUGACCCCUGCGUAUUGCUGAAGAACAGCUAAAGGCUUCAUUAAUGUUGCUGCAUUUCUGGAACUGUAUCUGUGAUUGCUCUUCCUCACCUGAAAAACUUAUUUUGUUUUUUUUGUUUGUUUUUUUUAGUCUUUUAAAACUUGUACUGACCUUUUGCUGUUGUGUUUUGUGACAGACAUUCUCUUAAAAGUUGUGUUUUCUGUUGUGACGUUGCCCAACUUUCAGAAGGGACCACUUAACCUCUUUUUGGAGCCUCCUUUAAGGAGUGAAAUUAAAAGCAUUUUGUCAUUGAAUGUGAAUUACUUUGUGCAACUUUUAAGCUUAAAAAAAAAGACAAAUCU